AAUAUGACCAUCUAGCACAUUCAAGCAUAAUUCUUUCCUCAUCACCACUCUCUUCUUCUUGAAAAAAUGGCCGCCGACAAGAAGCUAUUAUCUCCUAUGAAACAUAACCCACUUUUAAUCAUAUUCUCUUCAAUUUCUCUUAUUCUUGUCGUUGUUUACACUCUUCGUUCCAUAUAUCCAUCACCAGAUUUAAAACCCAAGAUAAAGAUCUUACCUUUAUGGCAAACCGAUCCAGACGCCGAUUCCGACGAAACUCCCGGUUACAUCCGCCGUUGUUCUAGUUCCCGGCGAGACAAUCCUUCCAAAACAUUUUACGACGACCGGAAACUCCGGUACAUGGUCGGUAAGUCUAUUGAAAACUGGGAUGAGUUAAGGAAACAAUGGUUAAAAACCCACCCGUCUUUUUUACACCGGUCUGAUAAACGGGUCGUUGUUGUAACCGGAUCACAACCCGCCCCUUGUAAGAGUCCGAGUGGUGAUCAUGUUUUGUUAAGAUUGUUUAAAAAUAAGGUUGAUUAUUGUCGGAUCCAUGGUUAUGAUAUCUUUUACAAUAACGCUAUGCUUCAUCCUAAGAUGACUUCUUAUUGGGCUAAGAUUCCGGCGAUCCGAUCCGCUAUGGUGGCUCACCCGGAAGCGGAAUGGGUUUGGUGGGUUGACUCGGAUGCUGUAUUCACCGACAUGGACUUUGUUCCAUCUCUUGAAAGGUUCAAUAAUUAUAAUUUGGUUUUGGGCGGGUCGAAUGAUUCGGUUUAUGGUAAGAAUCCGAGUUCACUCGGGUUGGAUACUGGAGUCAUUUAUAUCCGUAAUUGUCAGUGGUCCAUGGAUUUUAUUGAGGAUUGGGCUAAGAUGGGCCCUCAGACUCGUGAUUAUAACAGGUGGGGUCAAAUAUUAACAUCUACUUUCAAGGACAAGUUAAUGCCGGACUCAGAUGAUCAAUCAGCGAUGAUAUAUUUACUGAGAGAAAACAAGAAAUGGUCAGAAAAGACAAUGGUAGAAAAAAACCCUAAACCAAACAAAAACUGGUCAACGCUCGUGACCACAUUGGAAAACGUGACCCGAAAUUACCAAACCCUAGAGAGAAAAUUUCCCAAACUCCGGCGCCGGCACGCUGAAGUCGUCGGCGAAAGCAACGGAAUUCUCUGGGACGAUCAUUUGAAAAACUUAGAUAAUAAAAGACCGACCAUAACCCACUUCGCCGGAUGCGAGCCUUGCGGCGGCGAAUCCAAUUCUCUUUACGGCGGCGACGAAGAUUGCCGGCUAGGAAUAGAAAAAGCUUUGAAUUUUGCGGAUAAUCAGGUUUUGAAACGGUUCGGUUUCAUGCAUCCGAAUCUUCUAGAUCUGACGUCGGUGGUGACAGUUGCUUGAAUUAUGGACAAAAGAAUGGACGGUUGUGAUUAAAAGACAGUUACGUGUGUUGAGGGUUGUUAUGUAACCAGCCACAUGAUUUGGAAAUUAUUUGAAAGUGAGAUUUGAUAGAUGUAAAAUCUUAAAAAGGGUCUCCAUGUCUUUGGUGGGGGUCAUUCUGGUACCUGGGCCCGACCGGCCGGCCGAUCUGUUCUCUUCAUAUAAACUGUCUUUUUCAUUUUCUUAAUCUUGGGUUGUUAGGGUUCUAAAUGAACCGGUCAAAAUUUGAUGCCUUUAUUAUUAUUAUUA